ACCGUUUACAUUUUCAGAUUCGUUGGUAUGUAACAUUCUUGAGUUGGCUUGCGACCGAUUCGGUUCGUGUAGAGAAUAUGUGACGAAAGUUUUAUUUGCGUGUUUUUUCUUCUUCUUUUUUCUUUCUCUCUCUUCAGAGUGAUUAUAUUCAUCGAGCAAAAAGAGUAACAAGAAAGAAAAAAAGCGAGUCAGAAUUAUUUGGCACAAGCACAUUUCAGUGAGAAACUAUUUUUUUUUUGCAUCAUUUCCCGUGGUAAUGAAGUGAAAAUAAAGUAGAAAAAUACUCAACGAAAAGUUUAAAGUGCUACAAACGAUAGACAAAAAUCGAUUUUUAUUACGAUUCUUGAUCGAAUCGCCGAAUAAAAGUUAUUGAAAAGAGUCUGAACAAAAAGAAAACGAAGUGGCUCUUGGAAAAAGUAGCAUUGAAUUGGAUGUGAUUUGUGUCGAAGCUGAGCUUUAAAGCCGAAAAUCUUACGAGUGAUUAAUGCUAAUUUAUGCAUUGUGAACCGAUCGACAAGCAACAACAACGACGACGACGACGAACACAACAAGUGAUGUCCGGAACAGAGUGAAUUUCAUAUCGAAAAACACAUCGAUUUAACAUUGAAUUUGAAAAAAUAGCCAUAAAAUACCAGUUUCAGUGCUUGGAAUGUUGUCACAAUUUCGUCUGGUUGGCCAUCAUCAUAACCAAAAACUGAGUGAUUAUUAAUACAACGCAUUAAGUCUCUCGGCCGUUUUGCCAUUUGGAAGAACAGAAAGUGUGAUGAUAAAAGUCAUGUGAAUGAUACACUGCGACGCAAAAAGACACCGAACAACAACAACAGCGAAACAAGAUCUGUCGAAUUUUAUUUAGCACAUUUGGAAUGUUCAUUGUCAUUGUAUGCAAAAUUGGUGCCGAAACGAUCGUUGAAUCGAUUGCAAAUAAAAAAAACACAGCAACAACAACAACAGCAAAUCUUUCAUCGGGAGAGAAUGUCUUGUGCCUGUCGCCAUAUUGAUCAAUUGCACACCUAAAUACAACAAUCGUACAAUCGUUUGGUUGUGGAAACGAAACAGAGAGAGGCCAAGAGGAAGGCUAAGAAAAAGGCAAUACACAGCACACACGCUUCGGGAUCAGGGUGUGUUUGACUUUUAAAUGUGUGUCUUAUUCACUUUUGAUACUUUGAAUACGUUCGUUCUUCUUCUUCUUUUUUCGGCUGCUCUUUCAUCGAAGUGAUCGCUCUUUUUGUUUGGUUCAUCAUCAUCGGGAGUAAAAGACCAAAGUGAACGAACCAACCGACGACAAGUGUGUUUGUGUGCUUCUUUGAUAUACACAUAUAGUCGGUGUGACGACGACGACAACGUCGGUGUGUGCGUGUGCAUGAUUACCAGCAGCAAGAAAAUAAAAAAAAAAGUAUUUACCUUCAGCACUGAUCUACAUCGCAUCAGACAACCGACAAGAGAACAUUUUUAACCAUUUGUACCAUCGUUUCGUUACAUACAAUCAUCAAAUGUGCUAAUAAUAAUAACGAGCAGCAGAGAAAAUAAAAACAAACACUGAGCGGAAAACUAUUGUCUGUUUGUUGGUGUAAUCGAAUUCGGUUGUGUUUUUACAUUUUUGAUUGGUUUGGUGCGUCUGUGUUGACUCACACGAUAGACAAGCCGCAAGAAACGAAAGAAGCACGAAGAACGAACCAUCCAUACUCCAAGACAAUAAUAAGUAAGCAGUUAGCAAAUACACGGGUUCUUGUUACAGAUCGUAUUGAAGCCCGUCGUUGCGGUUGCCGCUGUGCCUUUGCUGUUACUGCUGCUGCUGCUGCCUACACGUAAGCUGUCAGGCGGUUAAAACUUGAUUCGAAAAGCCGAGAGUUUUCGCUUUAGCAUUUCAUUUGCGUUUUUUUCUCUUCAAUUCCUUCGUUACGGGCCUCAACUGUGUCAAUGUGUUCGUGUAUGAAUUCUGUGUAUGCCAUGUAGAUCGCUGUUUUGGAAUCUCUUUCUCUGCAGUCAUAUUUAUAUAUCAUACAUACCCGACGCGCGCGCGAAGCAAACAAACUCAAAGCAUAUCGUCGUUGCUGCUGCUGCUUUUUUCCCCUUAUUCGUAUCGUGCAAGCAGCACAAGACUACCAGCACACACUGAGCCACAGAGUUGAAGACAACUCUUUCACGUAAUUGUUAGAAUGAACAACAACGUAUCAAAGCCCGAAGAAAUAAAAUAAUCAAAAGAGAACCAGCGAGCGCAAGCAAGUAAGAGAUCUCUCGAGUGUGUGUAGAACGAGCGAGUGGAACCAUUGAAAUAAACGAGAUAGAAGACGGAAUUUUUCUCUCAUAUAUUAUACAUAUAUGCUGGGCUGUUGCUGCUGUUGUUGUUAUUUUUUUUCUCUUCUCAACUUCGUUGUGCUUGAGAACGUGAUCGGAAUGCAGUGUUUCGUGUUAUAUUAAUGACUACGACGACGACAACGACAACAACAUUGAUACAACGACGACGACAAAAAAUAAAAGAAGAGAAGAAAAGAUAAAAAAAAAGAUCCAGAAAUACAGAAAUUAUUUUAUAAAAUAUUUAUAUAAAAAAGAGUUGACGUUGCCAGUGCACGUAUGCUGCUUUGAAAAGUGUGUCUCUGUGCGCCCAAAUCAAGGAGUUAAUACCAUAUAAUAGAUUUGUUAAUAAAUCGUAACGGCUAACUGUUUUGAACUUAUUUCCGAAUGUGUCUCUGUGUGUAUGUAUCUGUGCGCGUACGAUCCGCAUUGAUUACUCAACAAUUUACUUGUAAUAAUAAAAACGUUGAAUGAACCAUAAAAAUCAACUCAAUUUAGUGGCAAAAUCAAUUAAGUUAUUUUAUGUGACCGCCCCAAACGAAUUUUACGGAACGGAAUACGUUUUCUACGAAACGAACAUCGGCCAGGCAUACAGACAUAAAAAAUCGUCGGAGUGAUAAUUUAGCACACAUGUAAAUUGAACCGCAUGAAAAAAAGGUCAUCAAGUAUCACAACGAAAGUAUCAUUUAUCUGAGCAUUCCACAGCGGAUUAUUGUGUUAUUUAUUCGGAUUGUGAACUGUAUGUGAUUCGUAUACUUUGUGAAUGUGCAAAAAAGAUAAAAGAAGAACGCAAUUGAAAAAGUAUUUUAAAAAAAUUACAGUAAAAAAAUUGAAAACAUUUCAAUUUUCUUGAGUGAAACCAACGGGAGCAAUCCUAAACAGAUAUUAUCAAUGAAAAUGGGUGAAUCAACACCGAUUUGCCGUUGCCGAGUCUUGUACUUGGGAAGCGCUGUACCACGUCAAAGCAAAGAUGGACUACAGGGCAUUCAAGAGCCGCUUCGUAGUUUAUAUCCAUCGGAAGGAGCGGUUGGUGCACGAGGAAUUGACUCAUGGUUGAGUGUUUGGUCGAAUGGCAUUUUGCUGGAGAACGUCGACGAAAAUCGUAAACAAGUCACACGAUUCUUUCCAAUUGAGUCGUUGCAUUACUGUGCAGCCGUUCGUCAAGUGUUGAUACCGGAACGUGGCAAUGCACAACCAGAACCAAAAUUUUUGCCAUUAGAUUCACCAUUUGCACGAACACCGAGAGCAGCGCAUCCGCCAAUAUUUGCCGCGAUUCUACGGCGUACCACUGGUAUUAAAGUUUUAGAAUGUCACGUGUUUAUUUGCAAGCGGGAGGCUGCUGCAAAUGCUCUAGUCAGAUGUUGUUUUCAUGCGUAUGCGGAUAAUUCAUAUGCGCGUCAACUAGAAACAUCGAAUGGCAGUGUGUAUGGUACGUUGGGCAAACCAUCAUCAAAUGGUGGCGGCGGUGGCUUAAAUGGCACCUCCGAAUGGAGAUCACGCGCUGGCAGUACGACGACAUUAAAUAGUGUUGGACAACGAAUGCUAAAUGGCAGCACCAACGGAACGAUCACAAAUGGCAACGAUGCAUACACGGUGAAAAAUGUAUACGCAAGCAGUGCGGAUAUUGAUGUUGUUGACGAAGCUGGAUCCAUAUACAAUGGUGAUGAAAACCACAAAGUCUGGUUGGGCUCACAAGAUCGAUUGAAUGAUAUUGCAACGGAGAGCCCAUACGAUUUCUAUUCGGGAACCGGUAUGAAUGGUAAUUCAUCGACGCUCGGACGAAAUGCUCGUGCACGUCAAAUUAGUGCACCAAUUCCGGUGCCACCGCCACCCGAAACGCUAAAAAAGGAAAAGAAGCAGAAAAAAUUGAAACAAUCCAGUAGUCAAAGCUUAUCGGGAACACUACGGCCGAAAUCAUCGGGCGUUUAUACAAAUGGUGGUACAUUGGUUCGGCAGCAACAUCACCAUCAUCAUCACAGCAACGGUAUGCCAAUGCAUCCACAGCAAAUGCAUAUGCAACCAAAUCAUGGCCCGUAUGCACCGUUGCCGAUGCAUGCUCAAGCAUUGCCACCAUCACGUUUCCAUACGUUCAGUCAUCGUGGUUACGCAAAUGGUAUACCGCACAGUACAUCGGUUCCGCAUUUGCAUAUGAUCCAUCACCCGAUGCAUCCCCCACCGAUGCAAAUGCCAGUCAUGUUGCCGCAACAAUACGCUACACUCCAACACCCGAGCAAAUUGAAGUCGAAGAAGAAAAAAGAUAAAAUGCAAAUUCCAUUGGGCAUUCCAGUGCCGCCGCCGAUUUUCGCCUAUCCACCGCCAGCCUCAAUGAUCCACGGCGAACCAAAUGGAAUGAAUCGUCCGCUGGCCAUGAGCAAUCGAAAAUUGGCCCAAUCGGCUGGGGCUGGAUUAGAUGAUUCUGGGAAUUCGGGCGCUGAAUCACCAGGUGAAACUGGCACUGGCAUCUAUAGACGCAAAGGACAUUUGAACGAGAGGGCAUUUAGCUACUCAAUACGACAAGAGCAUCGAAGCCGAUCACAUGGCUCACUCGCUAGUCUUCAAUUCAACAAUCCACCUGAUGUGAAAAAAGAACGUGAAAUCGCACAAAUGAUGGCUGGCUUAGACAUAAACGAUGAUGCAACCAUCUACAGACGCUCACAACCACAAAUGAAUGGCGGCGGAACAUUUGGCAAACGCAAAUAAAUGAAAAACAAGCUAAUAGGAAAACACAUAUCAGCGCGUGCGCGCGCGCGCCUGCUAACCAACAAAUCGGGCGGCUGGCUGUUCAAUCGUUAACACACAGUUGCCAAUCAACUUAUCUCGCUCGGCGUUUUCUUUUUGUUUUGCGCCAAUGCAUAGCCACUGUUGAUGCUGCUAUUGUGUGUCGAAAUCUAAUGUGUUCGGUGUGCAAGUGUUUCUUUCUAUAGACACUUCUCAUUCGAAUCAAUUUACAUUGAAUAAUGCGUUUUAUGUAAAUAGCGGUAGGUUUUCUUUUAUAUUCAAUAAUUUCUGCUCGUUUUUAAAUUUGUUUUUCACAUGUUUUACUCUCUUCCCUUUUUAAACACCAUUUUGUUAAUCUUAUUUUUUUAAAUCCUCCAUUUACGGAUGGUUGAAGUAGGAAUGAACGAAGAAAAAUCAACAUUUAUAAAUUUUUGUUUAAUCCAAGAGAUUUAAAUCCAAAUUGCUUGAGACGCAGCGCAGCAAUUACGGAAAUGAAAAUUACUACACAUAAUUAAUGUUAUAAUUGUCAACAAUAAAACGAGCGAAAUUCACUCAAGUAUAAACGGAACAAAAAGAUUCGCUGACGCGAUAUAAUGAAUUAAUAAAUUUGUAUAUUUUAAGAUAAUCAUUAACAAUUUUAUGCUUGUUUCGUAUUCGUGGCGAGAAUGUGCGAAUCAUAAAAAAUGAAACAAA